AUGGAGAGGAUAGAUAGUUUUGAGGGGAAGGUAUUUUACAAAAUUUAUAUGCUUUGUAAGAAAAAUUAGAUAAAUGAAGAUUAAAAAGGAAAAUUAAAAGGUAUCUGCUCUUAUUGAACUAGACCUUGUUAUAUUAAAGGAUGAAAGAAUUGAAAUUGCAAUGAAUUAAUUUCUUGAAGACAGAGAUGAAUUUCGACUCUUAGAAAAUUUUCAUAAUUAUUCUUGUGAAGAUUAUUCUCCAUAAAGCCUUAAGAAUUUUUCAGAUGAUAUCUCAAUAGGAAGUCAUAGUAAAUUUAAAGGCAAAAGACCUGCUAAAAUGUUAUUACCAAAAAAGAAAUUUAUGAUCAAUUUAAGAAAGUAUGAUGUCAAAAAUUAUAUAAAAGAGAUACAGAUAUUACAACUAGUUCCAAAGGGUAUCAUUUAAGUACUGCUAGAUCAAGUGAUAAUCGAAAUACACUUACCUUUAAUGAAAGAUUUGCUUAAUAGAACUGGAGUGAAUGUGAAUGA